GUCAAAAUUUAAUGGUUCUGAGAAAAAAAAUGUGGAAAUAAGGAGCCGUUCUUAAUUUGGAAGCAAUAUUCCUCGAUUUCGGGCUCUCCAAGCUUCGAUCAGCCAUGACCACUGAUCGCCUGAUCCUGCUGCAGUUCAGCAUGCACUGUUUCAAGAUCAUCUUCAUCUAUUGCAUUUGUGUGAAUGUCCUGGAGCAUCUCGUCCAGCGGGUCCAGGAAAACUAAUCGGGAAAAUGUUGGGGGCCGGAAAACGAGUGCAAUAAAAAUUAGGCGGCACUUAUUUCAAAAAUCUUUUUCUUUCCUUUUCUUGAUGGGAUAUAAUAAGUAUAUUUUAAAAUUAUGGCUUACCAAUGUUUUGUAAGUCAUCCAAUAUCACCAGAAUUUCACUAAUCCACCAGAAAUAAAGUAAAAUUUUACCAAAAAA